GCUCUGCUGCGGCUCUGGAUGUUGGAUGAGACGGUUUGGCUCACGCACGCAGCGCACACGCACGGACAGGACCGGAGCGCGCCGCCGGUGGAUGUGUGAGCGCGUGUCCGGGCUGCGGUGGAUCAGUGGCCGCCCCGCCGUGAAUGGGAUUGCUCCGGUGGAUCCGCGUCUCCCGUCGGUGCAGCAGCUGGAGGAAACAUGCGGAGCCCCCCGGUUCUCCCCCCGGUGCCCCCCCCGGUGCUCCCCCCGGGGCUCCCCCCGGCUCCUGCGCUCCUGCUGCUGCUCCUCCUCACCGGGCUCUGCAGCGGCACAAGUUUCCCAAGUAACAUCAACAUCGGAGGACUUUUCCCCACCGGCUCCCAUGAGUACGAAGUGUUUCGGUUCGCGCUGGCGCAGCAUCAGGACGUCCCCAAACUGGUGCCCCAGGUGGACAUGGUGGACACCGGGAGCAGCUUCGCCAUGACCUACGCUUUCUGCUCCCAGUUCUCCAAGGGCGUGUACGCCAUCAUGGGGCUGUACGACCGGCGCACCGUCAACAUGCUGAUGUCCUUCUGCGGCUCGCUGCACGUCUGCUUCGUCACGCCGUCGUUUCCCGUCCACACCAACAACCAGUUCGUGCUGCAGCUGCGGCCGCCGCUGCAGGAGCCCCUCAUGGCGCUGCUGGAGCACUUCAGCUGGGACCGCUUCGUCUACAUGUACAGCUCUGACUCAGGCCUGUCGGUGCUGCAGAGGAUCCUGGACACGGCGGCGGAGCGUACCUGGCAGGUCACCUCCGUCAACCUGGACACUCUGACUGAGGCGUCCUUCAUCAAGCUGCUGACGGAUUUGGACUACAAGAAGGAGUUCCAGGUCGUCAUCGACUGCGAGCUGGAGCGCCUCAACUCCAUCCUCAACCUGAUCGCAGCUCAGAAAAGAAACCUGAAGAAUUAUCACUACAUUCUGGCCAACCUGGGCUUCCUGGACCUGAACGUGACAGAGUUUCAGAAGCUGGCUCCGAACGUGACGGGCUUCCAGCUGGUCAAUCGCUCUGAUGCCGCUGUGAUGAAGGUCAAUCAGGACUGGAUGGAGUUCGACAGUAAAGACCUGAAGCUGGCCCGCCGGAGGCUACGGUACACAGGCGCCCUCACCUACGACGGCGUCACCGUCAUGGCGACGGCCUUUCAGAACCUGCGGAGGCAGCGGAUUGACAUCUCUCGCCGCGGCAACGCAGGCGAGUGUCUGGCCAACCCGCCGGCCCCGUGGGGACAAGGCAUCGACAUCCAGAGGGCGCUGCAGCAGGUGCGUUUGGAGGGUCUGACAGGUCACGUACAGUUUGACGAGCGGGGUCAGCGCACAAACUUCACUCUGACUGUGAUGGAGCUGAGCCCUGCAGGUCCCAGAAAGUUUUUCCGUGUCGUCGCUCAGAUCGGCUUCUGGAACGAGCGCAGAGGUUACGUCAACACGGCGUCCUACAGACCCAUCCUGGAGGACUUCCACGGGAUCCACAACAGGACCUACGUCGUCACCACUAUAUUGGAAGCCCCGUACAUGAUGCUGAAGAAGAACCACGAGCAGCUGGUUGGAAACGACAAGUACGAGGGCUACUGCGCCGAGCUGGCCUCCGAGAUCGCCAAGCACAUGGGCUUCGCCUACCGCCUGCAGCUGGUGGGCGACGGCAAGUACGGCGCCCGGGACGCCGAGACCAAGAUGUGGAACGGCAUGGUGGGCGAGCUGGUGUACGGGAAGGCGGAUGUCGCGGUGGCGCCGCUCACCAUCACUCUGGUGCGAGAGCAGGUGAUCGACUUCACCAAACCCUUCAUGUCUCUGGGGAUCUCCAUCAUGAUCAAGAAGCCCACCAAGUCCAAGCCGGGGGUCUUCUCCUUCCUCGACCCGCUGGCCUACGAGAUCUGGAUGUGCAUCGUCUUCGCCUACAUCGGCGUCAGCGUGGUGCUGUUCCUGGUGAGUCGCUUCAGUCCGUAUGAGUGGAAAGGAGAGGAGUCCGACGAUGAGGAGGAAACAGUGCCUUCAUCCAACUCCAGAAGAGCUCCGGCCACAUCUUCAACUGAAGACCCACACUCUCCAGGGUUUUCAGAGUCUCAGGUCCAGCAGAAGGAGAAUCCAGAACACACCAAUGACUUUGGGAUCUUUAACUCUCUCUGGUUCUCCCUCGGAGCCUUCAUGCAGCAGGGCUGCGACAUCUCCCCGAGGUCUCUCUCCGGCCGGAUCGUGGGAGGCGUCUGGUGGUUCUUCACCCUCAUCAUCAUCUCCUCGUACACAGCCAACCUGGCAGCCUUCCUCACCGUGGAGAGGAUGGUGUCGCCCAUCGAGAGCGCCGAGGAUCUGGCCAAGCAGACGGAGAUCGCCUACGGGACUCUGGACGGAGGCUCCACCAAGGAGUUCUUCAAGCGGUCAAAGAUCGCCGUGUUCGAGAAGAUGUGGUCUUACAUGAAGAGCGCUGACCCGUCAGUGUUCGUGAAGAGCACCACAGAGGGCGUGAUCCGAGUCAGGAAGGCGAAGGGGAAGUACGCCUACCUGCUGGAGUCGUCCAUGAACGAGUACAUCGAGCAGAGGAAGCCCUGCGACACCAUGAAGGUGGGCGGGAACCUGGACUCUAAGGGCUACGGGGUGGCCACGCCCAAAGGAUCGCACCUCAGAAACCAUGUAAACUUGGCAGUGUUAAAACUGAACGAGCAGGGCCUGUUGGACAAAUUGAAAAACAGAUGGUGGUAUGACAAAGGAGAGUGCGGCGCCGGGGGAGGGGACUCCAAGGACAAGACGAGCGCGCUCAGUCUGAGCAACGUGGCGGGGGUCUUCUACAUCCUGAUCGGCGGGCUGGGCCUGGCCAUGCUGGUGGCACUGGUCGAGUUCUGCUACAAGUCCAGGAUCGAAUCCAGAAGGAUGAAGGAGCUCAUUGACGCCGCCAUGAUGAGCACCAGCCUGGGAGGGAUCGCGCUCGCCGGAGGAGGAGGAGGCGUGGCGGCGGCGGCCGCGGCGGCCGCGGGGGGGUUCGGAGGAGGAGUGGGCGGAGCAGGAGGAGGCGAGAAUGGGCGGGUGGUAGCUCAGGGUCUACCGUGCAUGAGCAAGGCCGGCGGUCUGGGACUGACCUCCAUGUGAUCCAAACCGAGGCCUCUGAUUGGACUGCUGUCAUUCGGAGGUGGAGGAGGAAGGAGGUGGAGGGGCAACUGAAGGAGAUAUGUCUUCAGGCUGUCAGCAGAACUCUGAACACCGGAGAGCACCUGAACGCAUCACCUGAGGGAGGAGCCACCAGGCUGCAGCGCCUCCUACUGACUCCACUCAGAGAGCACAGCCUCAGGCUGACCUCCUGCUCCUCCUCCUCCUCCUCUGCAAUAACUGACCACAAGGUGGAGCUCCAGACUUUUUUUAAAGAGUCAGACUGAAAUGCACCUCCUCUCUCACUCCCCCUGCUCCUUUCUCCUCUUCUUUCUCACACCUCAUCUCACACAUUGCUCCUCCUUUCUCUCUUCCUGUUCUUUUCUCCUCCUGAUGCUUCUCUUUCACCUUUUCUCAUACAUCGCUCCUCCUCCUCCUCCUCCUCCUCCUCCUCUCUGUCAGAGGAACUGAGCAUGAAACUUUUUUACGACACUUUGUUCAGACACCUCCAGGAGGCGCUGCUCCGCCUUCACUCCAGCAGCCUCCAGAUGUCUUUAUUUGUGUGUUUGUUUGUUUUGGACACGAUU